AUGUCAUUCAAUAAACAACCACGACAAAUUCUUGUCACCGGUGCAAACAGAGGGAUUGGUUUCUUGGUAGUGAAGAAACUCUCGGAAACUUCAUCAGUAGACGAGACCAUCAUUCUUCUUGGUAGCCGUGAUGUGAAGAAAGGUUAUGAUGCAUUGAGACAAUUAAACUCUCCAUCGAAUGUUUUUGUUCUUCAUUUGGAUACAUCUUCAAAUGAAAGUAUUCUUCACGCUAUUGAAGAAAUUAAACAAAAACAUGGAGGAUAUCUUGAUGUUAUUGUAAACAACGCAGCAAUAUCAAUAGCAGAAAUCACGGAGGACAGUGCUCGACAGGUAUUCGCGACUAACUAUUAUGGUAUCCAGUUUAUAAACGAACAUAUGACCCCUCUGUUGAUAAAUAAUGGUCGAAUUAUUAAUGUUUCUAGUCAAGUUGGUAUAGAUACAUUGCAGGAAUGCUCUCGAAGUCUUCAGGAGAAAUACACUUCAUCAGAAUUGACUCAGACUCAACUGAAUGAAUUAGUUGAAGAUUUCAUCUCAAGUGUUCGAACGAAUAAUCUAGAAAACCUUGGCUAUCGUACAAAACCUGACUGGUUUGUCUAUGGUGUGAGUAAAAUGGCCCUAAAUGCAUUGACGCAAAUCGAGACACGUCAAUGGUCGGCUCGCAAAAAUUUACUUUGUCUCAGUGUAACACCUGGCUUUUGUGCAACUGACAUGACUCACUUCGCAACCAACGCGCGUUCAGCUGAACUUGGUGCCGAUUCGAUUUUAUAUGUUAUCAACACUCCUGCAAAUCAACUUGAGAGUGGUGGAUUUUACCGUGAUGGUCAGCUACUAACGAUUAGCUAA